CCAGCCGCGAAACCUGUGAAAGAAAAGGCUACGAAAGCCGGCGACGACGACAGACCUCUCUUCAUCUUCUCUCAACCUCCGUCGCACUCUCCGAUCUCGAAUUCGCCGACGCCGGCUCCGGCGAGGUUGCUAAGUGAACUGUAAAGAACAAGUAUACUUUUGUUGUGCGAGAUGGAUGCAACUGAUAUGUCUGGCGAUUUGUCUGUGGAAAUGGAAGUAGAUGCUUUCAGACGUCUAUUUCCUCUGCGCUAUCAUGAACAUCAUCAUCUUAUUGAAUCUAUACGACCAGAUGCUAGGGCAUUUGGAAAAGCUAGGGAUACAACUAUUACUCUUGGAGCUGUUGCAUCAGCAAAUGGGUCAGCCUUGGUAAAGAUUGGUUGCACUACAAUGCUAGCUGCCGUUAAAUUGGAAGUUAUGACCCCUUCGGUACAGUUGCCUAAUGAAGGCUCCUUAGCUGUUGAUUUCUUCAUGCCUCCAAUUUGCUCUCCACUUGUUAGACCUGGCAGGCCUGCCAAGGAAGCUCCAGUCAUUGCAAAACAGUUGUCGGAUACUAUCUUAAGUUCUGGCCUGAUUAACUUGACGGAAUUAUCCUUAGUCAGCGGGAAAGCUGCUUGGAUGGUGUACCUGGACAUAUAUUGUUUGGAUGCCGAUGGUGCUCUCUUUGAUGCGGCAUUACUUUCAGCAGUUGCUGCCUUCUCACACUUGCAAAUACCUGUCGUGUCUUUGAACGAUGAUGGAAGAAUAGUAGUUGUAUCGGAAGAAAAUGGAGGGAAGAUUGAACAGGAGGCCGUGAAUAAAGAUAAAAGGAAACUCAAACUGAAUAAUAUCGCCUUCUCCCUAACAUGCAUACUACACAAGAAUUAUAUUCUGGCAGAUCCUACAGCUGAGGAAGAAUCCAUAAUGGAAACUCUUGUAACUGUCGUACUGAAUUCAUCUGGUCAGCUUGUAUCUCUCUACAAACCUGGCGGUUCUGUUCUUGCAUUUACUUCAGCUGUACAGGGUUGUAUUAAAUUAGCUACAGAAAGAGUGAAAGAACUCCGUCAAGUUUUGGACGACGCCAUUUCUGACAUGGAUGUUGAGUAGAGUCGACAAACAUAUUAGUCCUUGAUGACGGUUGCAGAGUUUAGUAUGUCUGUUCUUUCUACAUUUUGGAGAUAUAGAGAUGCAAUUCUCCAGAUUAUUUUUGGAAUUUUAUCUGUGUUAGGUCUGGAAUAUUGAACCCAUUUGAAAUUUUCCGUUUCUAGAGAAUUUUGAGUUAGUAUUUUAAUCUCGAGAAAUCAUUUUUCUUCUUCUUUUAUUUGGUAAAAAAAUGUAGUUUGAUAAGAUCAAUAUUCAUAUAAUAGUGUGACUUAUAGCUUCA